CUUGCAUCGAUCCAUAAACCUGUCUUCUAUGAAUCUCAAGUUGAGUGCAAACUGCGCUGUUUCUCCAAGGUUGCAAGGAAAAGUGGCCAUAGUAACUGGCGGCGCAAGUGGCAUAGGAGCAAGCGCGGUGAGCCUAUUCAACGACCACGGCGCAAAGGUCGUGAUCGCCGACAUCCAAGACGAUCUCGGAAAUGCCCUAGCCGAGAGUCUCGGUCCCGACGUCACCUACAUCCACUGCGACGUCACGGACGAGGACCACGUCCACGGCCUAGUGGAUGCGGCCGUGGCCAAGCACGGCCGCGUGGACAUCAUGUACAGCAACGCGGGCGUCGUGGAAAGAACGACAUCUAUUGUCGACGUGGACAAGGGCGAGCUCCAGCGCACCCUCAGCGUCAACUUGGCCGGGGCCUUCCUAGCCGCGAAGCAUGCAGCCAGGGUAAUGGCCCCGGCCAGGAAAGGGUGCAUAAUAUUCACCGCCAGCGCGUGCACCGAGGUCGCCGGGAUCGCGGGGCACGCCUACGUGGCGUCCAAAUAUGGGAUCGUGGGGUUGAUGAAGAGCCUGGCGGUGGAGCUUGGAUCGCACGGGAUUAGAGCUAAUUGUGUUUCCCCAUUUGGGGUGUUGACGGGGAUUGCGGCUAGGGAUGAAAAGACAAAGUUGAUGUUUGAUGGUAUGAUGUCGGCGGUGGGGAAUCUGAAGGGGAAGAUUCUGACGGCGGAGGAUGUUGCAAAGGCGGCGCUUUACUUGGCUAGUGAGGAGGCUAGCUAUGUGAGUGGGUUGAAUCUUGUUGUGGAUGGAGGGUAUAGUGUUGUCAAUCCCACUCUUAACAAUAUCAUGAGCGCUGGCCAAUCUUGAUGUGUUGGUGAGACACAUUUUAUGGGGAUUUAACUAAUAACAUCACUUGCCUUAGCCAAAAAAAUAAUUGUCAGAAUAUGAUAACUGGGAGAUGUAAGAUUGUAGUUAAAUUGUUUGAUCUUAUCUUCCAUGUUGUAUGGCGUGAAUUCAUUUACAUCCAUUUGGUACAUGGAAAUAGAAUUGAAAUUUUAUGGAA